GGAGAGCGGCUUUGGAGCGUCAGGACACCUGAUCAAGUUUAUUUUUUCAACACGAGCAGAACAUUGUUCUCAACAGAAGAAAUGUCUUCUUCAUCUGUUAUCCAAACUCAUGGGAUGCUGGUAGUAACUCAAAUCAUAACACCAGAAAAUGGACCUGGCUAUGUUGUACCAAGUGCUGAGAUCCAGAAAGGUGCAUUUUGUCAGCUUCCAAAGAUGUUUCACAAAUUUCUUAAAGGGGAACCAAAGCCCCUUGGAGCUGUCCAGAUCAUGAUAGGGAUUGUGAACUUCUUAUUUGGCAUCGUUCUUUGCUUUAUUCCAUCCCUUGCAGCAUUUACUGGAAUUCCGUUUUGGACUGGUUUAAUGUACAUCAUUUCCGGAUCUCUCUGUGUUGCUGCAUCAAAGAAUUCCAAUUCUUGUCUGAUGAAAGGAGCCCUAGGCACCAACAUCGUCAGUGCAAUUUUCAGUGGAAUCGCCAUAAUUAUGUAUUUAUUGGAUGUGACAGUUUUUUUCUAUACACACUAUUGUUCCUAUUCUACAAAUCAAGGGAAUUCAGAAUUCUAUGAGUGCAAACUACUGAAACAUUUGCUCCUGAAUGCAGGAAAUGGAAUCAAGGGAAUUCUGCUAGUACUUGCAAUUCUGGAGUUUUGUGUGACAAUUUCUCUGUCUGCCUUUGGAUGUAAAGCUUUGUGUGGAAACAAUAUUGAGCCUACAGUUAUCAUUCAGCAAUCACCAGAAUCAACAAAUUAUCCUGUGCAAUAUUACUCUGGCAACGCUAUUCCUCCACCUCCAACUCAGGAGCAUAUCCCCUAUACUAUACCAGCCUGCCCCCCUCCAUAUUCUAAUCAGAUGAAACAAGCAGAUUACAGUGAACAUGCUUAGGUGAUAAAUUAGAAGAACAAGUUUGGCUUCAGAAUGUUAAGCUUCAGUACAAAAUACUUUUUCAACAACAAACAUGUGCAGAUUAGCUUAGAAAAUCACUGAAAAAUGUGUUUAUUUUGCAUACAUGCUGUUGAAAUUUGAAACUGUAACCUAGUUUGAAUUGUAAAGCAGCUUGUGAUAAUGUGCUAUAGGAAAGGCCCAGAUGUAACAAAGAACAUAGAUUCAUUAACAUGUAACUAUCUACGCUUUGUAAUUUA